UGUAGACUCACAUAUAAAGGAAUUAUAUGAAUCCGAAUACAGAAAGGAUUUACACUUUCUUUUUCUGUUUGGUUAGCAUUCAAGAAUUGAGAUGGAGCAAAGAGAGUCUCAUAGUUGGUAUGCUGGACUGGAACUUUACCACAAACAAUUAUCUACACACGCUCAACAGAUAAUGAAAGCCAUUCGAUCUGAGCAUACGAGGAGAAUGCAAAAGUCAGGAGAAAGCAAAUGCUGUAAGUGGAACCAGGAAAUGGAAGAGUUAUCUACAGAUGGAGAAAAUAUGAGGAAGGGAGGAACAGUCAAAAGGUUUCGGGAAGUAGAAUAUUGGAAUGCGAUGGAAAGGGAAGAGGCAAACUGUGCUGCAUUCCAGCCUGGUAAUGUGACAAGGAAGAUGGUUGACACAUUCCACACAGAAGCUUACACUGAGAAUCAGACAGAGCGAUGUUGCACAGAUAGAGUUGCCAGUACAUUUCAAUCUGGUGUCCAUUCAGCACAGAGUUUCCGAGCAACCAGCUGUCAUCUGCAAGUGGGAAGUGGAAUUGUGAAUGUUGGACAUGAAGCUCCCUUCAGCUUAAAGGAAUUCCUUAUGACAGAAACACAGCAAGUAGAUUUGGGCAGCCAGUCAGAGUGUACUUCUGUGCAACAUGCGAUCGACCCUGCUGCUAAUGAGCACCCAGAAGCACUGGCGUCCUCUCAUCUAGACAUGAAGGUUGGUGGAGCGACUGCUUGUUGGAAACCACAGCUUGGUACUCCCGCACAGCAGAGCUCCCAAGUGGGACUUCCAAGGCCAACCGAGACACAGGCAUUAGCAAUAAAAAGACUCAAUUCAGUUCAGGAGGAGAAGAAGGAUAAUUGCCACAAACGGAAAAAGGCCACGCUGAAAUGGGAGAAACUGGGAAUGAUGAGCAUGGUAAAGCAGCCUGUGCUGGAUGGUGGAUUAAUGAAGGACCAGGGCCAAGGUACCAAAGGCUUCGAUUCCAGACUAGAGUCACGGCCACAGAUCUGUGAUCUCAUCACACUGGACUCUGAGCGAAGGCCUCAGGUGUUGGAAGAGGUGGCUUGUGCAACAUUCAUAAUUUUAACCAUGGUGUAUCAAGAUGGAUCGACUCAGCUAACUGCAGAGAAGGAACCUUUGUCUGUGGUGAGUGGUUUCCUCAUCUUGUUACUUAAUCAGUCCGAUGGCCUGCUCCCUGGUGCAACUGCUGAAACCCCGGCAUCUGCAAACAAAACAGACACAGGCCACGGGUACUUCCAUCUGAAGCUGGAGCAGAACCACGCCUGGUUACAACAAGGGCAAGGUUACAGGGAAUUCACCAGGGUACUGCUACUUCAGAUAUUAAGUCGCAAAGGCUGCACUGUUGCAUUUAAAGCCAAGGAUCUGCUACGGACGGUGUUACUCCACUAUGCGGACUGUGUGUGCUGGAAGGAAGCCAACAGUUGGGAAAUAUUGGACCCAAGGAUUGCUGGCUGGUUGCUGGAACCCGCUGACACUUCCUCCUGUUUCAAGGCCUUGGUUCUUAAACAUUGUGGGACAUCUUCAGCAUCAGAACUGACCUCUUCCACCACUCAUUCUACAGGAAACACAAAGGAAAACUGUGUUGGACUUCACAUUCUUCACCGCCUCAUGAUGCAUCUCCGUGCAAAAUUACAGGCAAGAGCUUUUUAUUAAUCAGGUUAUUAAACCACCUGCCAGUUUUAUAUUGAUCUGCGUCAGUUGCCAGUUGCCUUCAUGAUAACAAAGGCAGGAAAGGAGAUGAGUCCUGACAGCAGAACUGCACGUCAAAGUCACAAACAUAAUAGUAAUCUAUUGAAAGGUGCAGCAGAAUUAUGCUUUAUACAGUUCUUGUUUUGUAGAAAAAAUUAUGUUGGUACGCAUAGAAUAUUUUACAUAGAACAGUGCAGCACAGGAACAGGCCGUUCAACCCACAAUGUCCGUGCCAGACACGAUGCCAAGUUAAACUAGGUCUAGGUUUAGGUUUAUUAUUGUCACAUGUACUGAAGUACAGCGAAAAGGUUUGUUUUGCAUGCUAUCCAAACAGGUCAGAUAAUAUACAUAAAUAUAAUCAAGUCAAAUUCAAGUGCAAUAAAUAGAGCAAAAGGGAAGAUACAGUGUGGAAGAAGGGUUCCGACUCGAAACAUCACCUAUUCCUUUUCUCCAUAGAUGCAACCUGGCCCUCUGAGUUACUCCAGCAUUUUGUGUCUAUCUGCAGUGAGCAGAAUAUAAGGUAGACACAAAAUGCCAGAGUAACUCAGCGGGACAGGCAGCAUCUCUGGAAAUCAGUCUGAAGAAGGGUCUCGACCUGAAACGUCACGCAUUACUUUUCUCCAGAGAUGCUGAGUUACUCCAGCAUUUUGUGUCUACCUUCGAUUUAAACCAGCAUUUGCAGUUUUUUUCUACACAUUUUGUGAGUAGAAUAUAGUUCUCAGCAUUGUAGUGCAUCAGUUGCUGAGACAAAGCCCCAUGUCCACAAUGGGGUAAAGGUGAAUUGGACAGUAGCUUGAUACUAAUCUUUUCUGCCUGCAUGUGAUCCACAUCCCUCCAUUCCCAACAUAUCUAUGUACCCACUCAAAGCCUCUUAAAGAACACAAUGAUAUCUGCCUCCACCACCAUCCAUGGCAGCACAUUACAGGCACCCACCACUCCAUAUAGAAAAAUCUCACAGAUCUCCUUUGAACUUUCCUCUCAUCUUAAAGCUAUGCUAUCUAGG